AUGCCCAAGCAGGCGAUAAAGGAUGAGGCCAUCAAGGACGCGGUGGUUGGCUCGCAGUACCUCGCGGGGACGGGCGAGUCCACCCAGUUCGAUCACCACCAGGUGCUGCAAGAGUCCGACGAUCUGAUCCGCGCGCUGUUCUUCAGCAUCGUCAAGGAGACCACCGGCACGGAGUUCUUCCAGUCGCUGAAGGAUGUGUACGAUCUGUCCGAGAAGUUCCACGAGACGCAGGCGCAGUCCGACUUCGACGCGCUCACCACCAAGCUCGGAUCGCUGACGAACGAGGAGACGAUGAUGCUGGCGUCCGCGUUUUCGAACGUGCUCAACCUGCACAACGUGAGCGAGCACGUGGCGAGCGCGAUGGAAGAGAGGCACGCGAGGCUCGACGACAUCCCCCGCGGCCCCGCCAAGACCACCAACGGCGCCAUCAAGGGCCUCGUCGCCAAGGGGAUCUCGAAGGAGGCAAUCUACAAGGCCAUCACCGAGCAGGAGGUGGACCUCGUGCUCACCGCGCACCCCACCCAGGCGCUCCGCAGGUCCAUGCUCAAGAACUUCGGCACCGUUCGCCAGAAGCUCCUCGACCUCCAGCGCGCGCGCCUCUCCGGGUACGAGCGCGCGGAGCUCCUCGACUCGAUGGCGUCGGCGAUCCAAUCCGCCUGGCGAACCGACGAGAUUCGCAGGACGCCCCCGAAACCCCAGGACGAGAUGCGCGCCGGGCUGUCCUACUUCAACGAGACGGUGUUCGAGGGUCUGCCGAAAUUCUGCAGGCGUAUCGACUCCGCGCUCAUCAACCAGGGCCUGCCGAGGAUCCCCAUGGAGCACUCCAUCAUGCGAUUCAGCAGCUGGAUGGGCGGCGAUCGCGACGGAAAUCCCUUCGUCACCGCCACCUGCACCCGCGACGUCGUGUACCUGGCGCGCAUCACCGCCGUGAACCUCUACUUCAAGGCGAUCCAGGACCUCAUCUUCUCGCUGUCCAUGUGGAGGUGCACCGACGCGUUUCGAGAGCGCGCCAGGCUUCUGCACGAGAGGGAAUCUGCCGAGCACGUGUACGAGAUGCGCAAGCAGCGCAACUACGCGGACUUCUGGCGGUCCCUUCCCAUGGAAGAACCCUACCGCGUCGUGCUCGCGGAGGUUCGCGAUAAGCUCUACAACACCCGCGAGGCCCUCCAGGCUGUGAUCAUGGGCAAGGCGGAGGCGCUCGACCCCGCGGACGACUCGAUCUUCCGCGACAAGAACCAGCUGCUGGAGCCGCUGAUGGCGUGCCACCAGUCGCUCAUCGAGGUGGGCGACGGCACCGUCGCGGACGGCUCGUUGCUCGAUCUGAUCCGCCAGGUGAACUGCUUCGGCUUGUCUUUGGUCAAGCUGGACAUCCGGCAGGAGAGCGAUCGUCACGCGGACGCGGUUGACGCCAUCACUCGGCACAUCGGCCUCGGUUCGUACAACGACUGGGACGAGGAGAAGAAGACGGAGUGGCUCGUGUCGGAGCUCAAGUCCAAGCGCCCGCUCGUGGCGUCCGACCUGGAGUGCACCGACGACGUCCGCGAGGUGCUCGACACCUUCAAGAUGAUCGCGCACCUCCAGGAGGUGUGCCCGGGCUCCCUCGGGACGUACGUCAUCUCCAUGGCCACCGUGGCGUCGGACGUGCUGGCGGUUGUUUUACUCCAGCGGGAGAUGGGGGGCAAGAUGGACCAGCUCCUCCGCGUCGCGCCGCUGUUCGAGCGCCUGGACGACCUCAACGAGGGCCCGAACCAGCUGCGCAGGCUCUUCUCCAUUCCGUGGUACCACGAGCUCAUCGACGGCCACCAAGAGGUGAUGAUCGGAUACUCCGACUCGGGCAAAGACGCGGGCCGCAUGGCCGCGGCUUGGGCGCUGUACGAGGGGCAGGAAAACGCCACGAAGGUUGCCGACGAGUUUGGGGUGAAGCUCACGCUCUUCCACGGCCGCGGAGGGACCGUCGGAAGAGGCGGCGGGCCCUCGCACCUCGCCAUCCUGUCGCAGCCGCCGGCGACCAUCAACGGGCGCCUCAGGGUCACCGUUCAGGGCGAGGUCAUCGAGCAAAACUUUGGCGAGCACGAGAACUGCUUCCACACGCUCGACCUCUACACCGCCGCGACUCUGGAGCACUCCCUCGCGCCGCCGCUCGCGCCCAGCGACGAGUGGCGCGGCGCCAUGGCCACCAUGUCGGAGGUGUCCUGCGAGCGGUAUCGCGAGAUCGUGUUCAAGACACCCGAGUUCAACCCCUACUUCCUCCAGGCCACCCCGGGUCAGGAGCUCGGCGCGCUCAACAUCGGCUCGCGCCCGGCGAAGCGCAAGAGCAACGCGGGCGUCACCGCGCUGCGCGCCAUCCCCUGGAUCUUCGCGUGGACCCAGUCGCGGUUCCAUCUCCCCGUCUGGCUCGGCAUCGCGGAGGGAUUCCAGCGCGUGAAGGAGCAGGGGAAGCUCGAGACGCUCCGGGAGAUGUACAGGACCUGGCCGUUCUUCCGGGUCACCAUGGACCUCAUAGAGAUGGUCCUCGCCAAGGCGGACCCCACCGUCGCGCGGCUCUACGAGAAGGAGCUCGUCGAGGAGCAGUACCACGCCUUUGGCGAGCAGCUCCGCAAGGCGCUUCGUAGCACCGUCGACAUCGUGCUCGAGGUGACCGAGCACCCCGACCUGCUGACGUCGCAGACGACCAACGGCGGCCAGGGCAGCAUCAACACCCUCAAAGACAAGCUCGCCAUGCGCAGCAUCUACCUCACGCCGCUCAACAUCAUCCAGGUUGAGAACCUCAAGCGUCUGCGCGACAUCGAGGAUGGCAAGGUUGACACCAAGGGGUACGUGCCGGUGAUGCCGUGGGCCAAGCAGAUGCUCAGCCUCCACGUGUCCAAGGACUACUACCACGCCGCGGUGUCGGACACGCUGAUCAUCACCAUGAAGGGCAUCGCCGCGGGGAUGCAGAACACCGGCUAA